CCAGUCCAUCUCUGCAACGGAAUUGGAACGGUGCCUUACUUGACAAUUUACGCACAAACCAAAUUCUCUGUUCUUCUCUCAAAUAAACUAUGCAUUUGGAUUUCUAAAACAAAAUUCAAAAUUCAAAAUUCAAAAUUCAAACGUCAUCGUAUACUUUAUUUGCUUCUUUCCUUCCUAGACCUACGUACCUAGCUAAAGGUAUAAUUCAUUGUCGCUGUACAACAAUUCAGUUACACGUUCAUUACCUCCACUACCUCCGCGACGAAUUCAUUCCUCAGAAUAGGAUCAUCCCCGACGCCCCGAUUUUCCCAUCCUUCAGCUACCCUAUCUCGCUUUGACCAAACGGUUGUCUCAAUUGACUUCGUUUCAGGGAGACUUUUAAACUGUUCCAGACUUGAGAAUAUCUUCAUUUGCAUGUGUUGAUCACAGAAAGAGAUAUAUCGAGCUCGCGCGACUUAUCACUUAGCUACUGAGCUUUCGACGUGUAUUGUGACUUUUACGAUAAUCAAAGGAUUGUGCCGAACUAUUCUCCGAGUCCAACGGGUUGCUCAUUCCAUAUCAUAACCGCGACUUUACGAUGAACAAUCGCAAUGGACCUUUGUCACCGGUUUCAAUAGGAAGCAAUAACGAAUGGUCAGGAAUUGAAAAAUAUCAAGACGAUAACGACUCACCCUACCAGAUGAAUCGCGGACAACUAGCUUCACCGCCAAUAUCGAGCGACUCCAACGGUACGAUGAAUGGGGGCGAUUUUCCACCCAGAGGCACUUCAGGGGGCGGCAGCCCUGGUAACCCAUCCCCUCCAAGCUCCGUCGGUCGCUCGAGUAUUGGCACGGGUUUAUAUGCAGGGAGCGAAAAUGGACAGGACAAGAAAGAUGAACAAUUCGAGGCCAUACUAUCGGAACAUUACGUUUCAUUGAGACGAUACCUAGCGGCGUCCCUGAGAGAUGAAAAGGGAAAUCCUAGACCCAACAGAGCGCGAGACAAGUUGUUACGACUAUCUCCCGUUCAAUUUCAAGAACUUAGUACCGAUGUCUUUGACGAACUUCUACGAAGGCAGCAAGCAGGGAGUAGGACUCCAAAUGGACAGAGAAAUGACCAAGCGCCUCCGCCGUACUUGUUGCCCAAAAACACGUUCCACCCCAAACGAAAUCAGGCCCGCCAGAAAUUAUCCACGCUUCCGCCGCCGAGGUUCAGAGAUCUUGCUACGGAUGUAUUUUAUGAAUUGGAGCGAAGGUUUCCCCAAUUUACUGCAGGAGAUAGAAGUCGCAUGGGCAGUCCUGUCUCCACAAGAGGACCCCCAAGUAGGAAUGGAAAUGGCGCACCUAUGGAUCUGCCACCCAGAGGCCCAAGUCGUAUGCGCCGACCCUCAGACGCCAGCUCCAUAGGGCCUUACUCAAUGAGGAGCGAAUCACGCAAUGGAUCAAGGAUGCCGCCGCCAAAUGGUCCGAAUGGUAGUUUGGGCGUACCUCCUUCGCCUGGCAUGCCGCCUAACGAUUAUGGUCGGCCGACACCAAAAACUUUUCAAAGCAACACGAUUGUACCGAAUAAAAGUACUAUGGUUGAAGAUGAUGACAGUGGGCCCGAAGAUAAUGACGACGAUGAUGGGGAUGCCUUUGGGUUGGAGGGAGCUGCCAGGAAUCGAGAAAGUAAGAAGAGCACUAGAAGUUUAGACGUAAGUCCCAUAUAAUCUCACUUCCCGAAUCUAUUUUUAACAUAACAGACCGAUAAAAAACUUAUCGAGGAUUACCAAUCCCAAAUUGCAGAACUUCGGGAGCGGCUCGAUUCCAUGGAGGAUGACUUGAAACGAAAGGAUGACGAACUAAAUAUUGUUAUGGACCAGCAAAGGGGGAAGGAUGUCGCGGUAGAUACGGACAAGAAGGAAUGGGAUGAGGUGAGGAUGGACCUCGAGAACAAGCUUGCGGAUGCACAAAGUCUCAAUGAUACCCUGCAAUCAGAGCUUGACCGGGUACGGGAAUCGCAGGCUAGUCUAGAUAGAGAGUUAAAGUCACAGAUUGAAGAGCUUCAAAUUGCUCUUGUAGAUGCUGGCAAAGGCGGGGGAUCUGGCGAUGCAGAUCUGGAACGGGAAAACGAAGAGCUCAAAGCCGAACUCAGAGAACAACAAGAAAUUACCGAGGACGUCAGAAGUGAAGCCCAGGAGUUUCUUCGCGAAAUGAGGGCGUUGUCCGAACGAAGUACUGCAUCUUACAACCGCGAGGAACAACUCGAAAUUAUGGUCAACAAGCUAGAAGAUGAAGUGAAAGAAUGGAGAAACCGAUAUGCGAAAACGAAGACGCAGCUACGCAGCUUAAAAACAUCUUCGAUUGGCCUUUCAAUACAAGACGCAGCCAAGUAUGCAAAGGACAAUGGGUUUACGGCGGAGGACGGCCUUGUCAAGGAUGUGCAUGUUACUAAAUUUCAGCUGUCGAUUGACGAACUUUUGCAGACAGCGCGCUCCAGCGAUCCUGAAAGAGUCAUCGGAUCCAUGAAAAUCGUAGUUAUGACCGUGCGACAAAUCUCUCAAGAUAUUGAUGAAGCACCGCCAAACAAUGAGGAAUUAGCCCAAAAGCAGGCCAGGCUCAAGUCCAGGCUCUCGGCAACAGCAAAUAAUCUAAUCACCGCAUCCAAGAACUUUGUUGGCGCUAAGGGGCUGUCACCUGUUUCAUUGCUCGAUGCAGCUGCAUCUCAUCUUACUACCGCAGUAGUAGAACUUGUCCGGACUGUGAAGAUCAAACCUACACCAGCAGGAGAGUUAGAAGACAACGAUGAUGGUAAUUUGGCUCCACUUCAAGCAACAGUACCUGCCCCAGUAACAGCUCAACCUUCUACGGUAGGAGGCUUUUUCGGGUCUAAACCUGCAACAACUGAGCCCAAGCCCGGUAAAGCCGGAGGCAUUUUCGGUUUCUUCACGUCACGUGAAGCAAAACAAGGAAACGGUCCGCCACAGCAAGAAGCAGCUCAACCGCAAAAAGAGAACGUACCGCCACAGCAAGGCAAUACUAGACAGAGCAUGGAUGCGUCGCGACAAAGUCUAACUGCCGAUGAAAGACAAAGCGAGGACUCACAGAGGCAGAGCUUAAACGGCUACGUGCCUGGUCCGUUCCUCGGCCUACGGAACGGUCGUGCUAGCACCGGUUCAUCUAUGUACAGCCCAAUCAAUUCUCCUCGCGAAUCUAUUGUUCUUCCGCAAACUUCCGGUAUGGUUUCUUUGAAUGCGGCUCAACCUAAUUCUGCGGAAACCCCCUUGAGCCCAAUGACCAAUGGCGCUGAUCCUGUGAACGGAAAUGCUAAACCAAUGCCACUAGCACUUCAACCACCCCCAGGUCCUCCAAGCCAUCCUCCAAGCCCCAUCCCAGCUCCAAUGGGUAUAGGUUUUGGUAUUCGAUCGCAAGAUAGUGAUAUUGAAGAUCUAAAGGUAUGGAACUAAAUGCUCUCCUGAAGUUCACAUCAGCUAAUCUAUCUCGCAGAUAUAUCUUGAAGAUCAAACUGCACUCUUGGUCCAGAACAUCCAGUCUCUAGUCUCAUCUAUCCGUUCAGAAGGUGGUAUAAAUGCUAUUUCUACCCAGAUUGACGCAAUUGCCAGCGUUGUCGGCGAAGUUGUCGCUUCGACUGAGGAAGCCAUGAUAAACAACCCAGCUCUCCGAUCCCAAAGUCAACCGGUCUUGGCGAAGCUUUCUGAAUGCAGAAAACGUAUCAUGGCUGCAGGGGAAGAGGGUAGAGAAAUUGCAAAUGAGGUGAGAGAGGAUGAAGGUGGUGAUGCAGAAUGGAGAGCUUGGAACCAAAGUUUGCCACCUAUCGCGUUUGAAAUUGCUCGAGAAACCAAAGAGUUGGUUCUCCGAGUCGAUGUCCUUGAUGGAGAAGGUGGUGGAGAUGAUGACUUCUCAUGAUGAAUCACCUCAUUUAGUCCUUGGACAUCUUCUUUAAGCCAGUAUCCCCCAAAUAUCGUCGUUCAUUUGGUCUUUUGCUGUUUGCUUUAUUUUUGCAUAGCCACGGACGGUUCUUUCUAUUCACGCUCUAUUCCCAAAUUCUGUUUUUUUGGCCUUGGACUUUACACCUUUUUGCAUUCAAACCAAUUUUGUGUUUCUACUUUUUCUUGUUAUACGACGAAACACUAUCAGACGAGCACAUAAUUGACGAUUUGCAUUAAUUGAAUGGGAACACACGCUUUUGAGGUGGUGGCGCACCUCCGCUACUUUACCACAUGCACAUGCAUUAUUGAUGGAUAUCUUUUUAUGCUAUGGUUUUGGGAAGGGGCUUUUUUACCGGCCUAAUAGCUCGCUGGACUUUUCUAAUUUUAACUUGGGGAUGGAUAUUGUAUGCAGCACAAUACGUAUGUGCUGGAUCAUUAAUGAGAAGAUAAUUGCUAGUUUUAUUUUAAGGAUGGGAUAAGAAUAAGAAUAAGGUGGGAUGGACACUUAUUGACUCAGUGUUUAAGCGGAUCUGGAUAAGGGGGAGGGUUUCAUCCAUACUUAUGUAUAUAUUUGGCGGAUAUGGGAAUGGAAAUGGAAAUGGAAAUGGGAAGGGAAAGAUAGGACGGGAAACUACUCACUCAUUUUGGAGAAGGGCCGGUUGGCAAAAUUAAAACGAAGAAUUGAGAUGGGAUGAGAAAGAAUGAGUGGUGAUUAAGAAAAGGAAAGAGAUAAUGAGAAUAAAGAAU